AUGUUAACCAACUACGACGAUCCGCCCGAAAUAGGGGAAAAAAUCUUGGGCGAGACCUUGUAUUUCAACGGCAGUCUCUUUUCCGAGAAAGAGCUCGCCGCCGGCCCGCAGCCCGGACUCAGCUUCGCAGCAUCAACCGGCAGCUCGAGCUCGGGCUGCUGCUGGAUUCGUCAGGUGCCGGAGAACCCCUCGACGUUUCCCGACUGCCCGCCCGUCGACGCCGCCAACCUCAGCCUCUGUCGCGCGCGUGGCGCAGCGCAUGGCACCAGGCGGGAUUAUAUUGGUUUCGGACCCUCUGUACAGAGAUGA